GGAUUUACGCUGACGUUGACCAUACUAGGGAUUAACCUGUUUUGAUAUCGCCAUAUCACGUUUUGCAUCAAAUCUCAGCGGCGGACUUUAAUGAAUAUUACGAAUAAAAUUGGCGUUUGCGUGUGAAGUGUAAAUGAAGGUGGAAGACGGGCAGCGAUGUCCUGCGCGGAUGAGGAGCAAGCCGACCUUCCAGCCUGAUGCUCGGUCACACUAAUCAUCAUGGGGGCCGACGGUAGUAAAAACAAGAGGCCUUCAGGACAGGCCGACGAGCACAUCUCGUCUGGGUGGCGCAGCUUCCUCUCCAGCGUGGGUCUGUCCAUCCCAGCAAGCCUCUGUCGUCUGGCUCCGCCCGCCCUGCGCCUCGGCCAGCAUCGAAUGCUCCACGACAAGAUUCCCGAGGUCCCAGAGCACGUGCUGAGGCUGGCAGGAGUCGGCCCGGGUAAGCUGAGGGCAGAGUGGAGCCUGCCAGGGUUUGUUUCCAUGUUCCUGCCCGAGUUCCCCCACAGAUCUGUGCCUGGGCACGAACACUUUCAGGUGUUGGGUUACAUUGCCAAAGGUUCAUUUGGGCCCAUCCUGAAAGUAAAGGACAAAACCAAGCAGAGAGUUUACGCUGUUAAAGUUAUACCCAAGUCUGAAAUUCUGAAGCUGGGAGUCCUAGAGCAAUCAAAAGAGGAAGUUAUAAUCCAGCGUCAGGUUCGCCACCCAUUUGUCCAUGACCUCCAGGACUGCUGGCAGACUCAGCGCCACCUCUACAUUAUGUGCGACUACUGCAGCACAGGCGACUUGUACACUUACUGGCAGAUGAUUGGUCAGUUCUCCGAGGACACAGUGCGAGUGUUUGCAGCAGAGCUGGGAUGUGCACUUGGGUUUUUGCAUGAUUUUGGAGUCAUUCACAGAGAUGUGAAGAUGGAGAAUAUCUUGCUGACUGACAACGGCCACCUCCGUCUGGCUGACUUUGGUUUGUCCCGUCGCCUGGAGAGAGGAGGAAGAGCCUUCACCAUAUGUGGAACCAUCCAGUAUAUGGCCCCGGAGGUGCUGAGUGGUGGACCCUACAACCAUGCAGCUGAUUGGUGGUCUCUGGGCAUUCUGCUCUUCUCUCUGACCACUGGGAAGUUCCCUGUGCUUCCAGAACCGGAUCACUGCAGUAUGUUGAGGAAAGUGAGGAGUUUUCCAUAUGAAAUGCCGCUAAGCUUCAGCCCCCAACUGUCCUUGUUAUUGAGUGAGCUUUUAUGCAAGACUCCGUCCCGCCGCUUGAGAACUCUCGAUCGUUUCAAACGACAGACCUUCUUCCACCAAUCAACAUUUGACCUUGAGCUUAUGCAGCGUCGCCCCGUGGAGGUGAUUCUGGAGCUCAGAGAAAGACCAGACCGAGCGGCCAAGGCUCGCAGAGGCCUCACUUUGUCCCUGCAGCCUCUGAAGGGCUUCGACUAUGACUCCCUCCUUAGCCCUCCUCCCACACCGGACACACAGCUGGACGCGUGCACUCCUUCACGCACGCCGGCGCCCCCACUGCCCGGCCCGCCACCGCAGCUACCUCAGGAAAAACGUGCACGCAGGGAAGUGUUUGUGUGACUGAGUUUGGUGGGAAUGUGGAGAACAACCUUUAACAAAAAUGGGCCUUUUUCAUGUUCAGUGUAUAACAGGGCAGAUAUUUAUUAAAUUCUAAAUGCAUUAAUAGUUUAGAAGUUAUUAUAUAAAAAAGCACAAGUUUAAAAAAUAUGUUUUAGCACACUUAACCAUUUUUUUCUUUCAUUUUUUCGCCUUUUUACACAAGUACCUCUUCAGUGCUUCCUUACUUUAUUGUGCAAGAUUUACCACACAAGUUGGUUUUCCGUCUGGUCAUGCCUGCAAUGUUAACUAACCUUUUGUAUGAAUUACAUCAGAUUUGAACUCCUACAAAUGUCCUGCAUUUGUUCUUGUUAUCUUUUUUUUGCAGCCAAGUAGAUCUAUUGAGUGAAGAGAGCAGAUUUCCAAACUCCUUCCUGUAUUUGUCAUGUUGCGUCAAAGUGUAACUUUUUUUUUUUUUCAGAAGUGGUUUAAAGAAAAUCACUUGCCUUUUCCGUUUUAGUUCUAGCUUUCCAGUAUGUUGUAGCUGUAUUCAUGUUGUGAUCCGUUCCUUUAAUUUGUCUGACAGCAGAUUUUGUAGCAUCAGGUUUCCUCUUAUGUGGUUUAAACAAACAUGUCAGUGUUGUCAUUUGGAUCGCGUGACUCAGGGAGGCACUCUUCAGUUUUACUGUUCAAGUCUGCUUUCUAUCUGACCUCCCAAUGACAAAAAACCAGCAGUAACAUUUGUUAGCUUUGUACUAAACAGCGUUGUUUACCACCACCUAAUAUUUUUAUACGUACAAAGGUUCUUUUAUAAUGUCUAAAGCUGCAGUAGCUUAGAUAAUAGUCUCAUUUUUUUGUAUUUUUCCAAAUCCUCAGAUUAAAUUAUUAUAUAUUGAAUCUUACCCAGAUUGUGCUACUCUGAGUUGUUUUUUUUUAUCUUAAUUUUGAGAUGUAUUGUGUGUUUUUGUAAUUUCCAUGUGUUACAGAUGUAAAAUAAACUGCUUUUUGACUUGUC